AUGGAAGAUUUGGACUUGGUGAAAACUAUACAAGAAACCUUUCCAUCUUCUAUAGAAUCUGAUGUCAAAAAUACUCACAAUUCUGUUGGAAAUAGCUUAAUUACUAACAGAAGCAGAAACCCUCUCCUCCCAAGUACAAAUGGGUUGUCCUCUUUCUCAGGGAAGACCAGAAUCUCUGUAAUUCGGAGUGCAGUUGAAUUCCUAACCACUUUUAUGCAAGAUCUACAAAACUCUGGCCAGGCGGAUUCUGAAAUUUGGAGGAAGUGUGAGGCUAAGUGGUUACAGCUAUUCAGUUUGGUGGAAGACCAUCGACAAAAGCAGAUCAUUGUGCAGCAAGAAAAAUUCAGUAACCAGAUCAAACGUAUUCAGGAGGAGUUAAGAAAUUUAGUUAAGUUACAGAAGAAUAAUGCUUCAUGGCCUUCUAAUAACAGACAUUCCCCUGAAAAACAGACAAGCAAUUUUUCUACAUUAGAAAGUCAAAUGGGGUUGUGUUCUGAAAGCUGUGAAAGAAAUGAGUAUGUUGUCAAUUAUCCUAAACUUAAAGAAUCUGAAAUUCGGCCCAAAACAUUUUCUUCACAUCAAGACAGCAGUAUGGAAAGUAUUUCAACGAAUAAUGGUGGGUAUGGUAAUUUUUAUAUCUCAGAACGAAAUCCUUACAAACCUAAAGAUUCAAAAGAAUUCAAGGAGCACAAAGACAUUUCCAAAGGCAAACAUAUCAACCCUAUGCCCCAGAAAGAUUCUUUUGUAAGUGAUGUCAAGAACAAGAACUUGUGUAUCCAAUCUCCAGAAGAGUAUGCCUCAUCACUCAAAGAAGAUGUCUCUAUUUUUCCUGGUGAAUAUGAACAUAGUUUUACCAGUGAAAAUAAAAUUUCUGAAGCACAUUGUGGAAAAACAAAUAGCAAAUCUUUAACAUCAUGGGCACAAAAAUUGAAACAAAAUCAACCAAAAAGAGCACAUAUUGAAGAAGGAUAUAUCAAAUCUGCACAAGGAAAUGAACAAAGAAAAAAAGCAACAAUUGAGAAUUCUGACUUCAGUGCUGCUACAUGUCCUCAUACUUUUUACCUUAAUAAACAAAAUGAGGCCCCAAGUUCUUGGGCUUCUGAUGGAACAGGAAUGAAUUAUUGGAAACUAGAAGACAAGGACAUGUAUGACUCUUUGCCUGAGACUUUGGAAAAAUCAUUUUUAAAUAUCAGCCCCAAGAAAGUGUUAUCAAAUCAGUCUAAUUCUGCUGAUGAGAUGAAGAUGCCAUCACUGAAGGAUAUUUAUCAUACUAAUCAAAGGAAAAAUAAGCAGUUAGCUGAUUGGACUCUUUCAUCUGCUUCAAAUCCCAGCCAUCCACCAGAGGUAUUAAAUCUAGAUCCAGCCAUACAUAGGAAGCCAAAUCAACAAAUUUCAGGGAUUCAAUCAAAUAACUUUCGUUGUAACCAUAAAAGAUUAUCUUUCUCACCAGAAUCUGUAAUAGAGCCUAGUAUUUCUAGCCACUCUGACAUGGAUUCAUUUUCACAAACAAGUAACCUUACUUCCUCUCAGUUAGAUAGAUCCCCCAAAUAUCCUUCAAAUAUCAAAACUUUACCUUUAGAUUCUUGGAAAAGUCAUGUACUCCCAAAUGAAAGCAGGACCAGUUCUGCUUUUCCUUUAGCACAUACUGUUGUUAGUAAUGAAAUUUCAAUCAACACUGAAGAUGAGGAAAACAAUUCAACCACCAUCACUCAUUUCCGAGUUCCAAGUGUAGACAACAGUUUGCCAGAAGGCAGUGUUUCAGUAUCUUGCCUGGAAGACCCAGUAGAGUUAUCCAAAAUGAGGCAGAACCUGAGAGAGAAGCAUGCUCGACAUGUAGCUGAUCUCCGGGCUUAUUAUGAUUCAGAGAUACAUAAUUUGAAACAAGAAUUGGAGAGAAAUGAAACAUCUGCAUAUGGAGAUUUGAAGAAAACAAAUCAGAAUCUUGCUGAGAGAUGUGACCAGUUAGGUGGUGCUCUGAAUGAGGCCAAUGCUCAUGUGAAAAUUCUCGAGAACAAAAAUAAUUUGCUGGAAAUGGAAGUGAGUGAUUUGAGAGAACACUUCAAUGCAGCCAGUAAUGCUUCCAAAAUUUUGCAGGAGCAUAUUGAGGAAAUACGAGCAAGUAAUAAAGAAAAAGAUAACACCAUCAGUCGACUCAAAUCCCGACUAAAGGAUCUAGAAGAAGCAUUUGAUAAGGCUUACAAACUCUCAGAUGAUAAAGAUGCUAGAAUAAAACAAGAAAACAAAAUGUUUCAAGCUCUUCUAGGAGAAUAUCAAUCCCUUGGAAAACAACAUGAAAGAAUAAAGGAUACGUUAAAUACAACUGAGAACAAAUUGCUUGAUGCAAAUAAUCAGAUUUCUGAUUUGAAAAGAACAAUUUCAAAACUUGAAACCCAGAUCAAGCAAGUAGAACAUGAGAAUAUGUCAAAACUCCGUAUUAAUACCAAAAAUCAAAUAUCAUCAACCAUUACCAGUAACACAACCGUGUCUGACGUUAGCAGGCGGAAGUGGUUGAUACCAGGAGCAGAAUAUUCCAUAUUUACUGGCCAGCCUUUAGAAAGUCAAGAAAAUUUAGUGGAUAACCAGCUUGGGGAUUCCUACACUCUUAGGUAUCAUACUCCUCCUGAAAAGGACUGUCCCCUCAAAGACUCAUCAGCAAGUUUAAAAGAAAGAGAAACUUCAGAUGUAUCAAUCAUCAAAGUUUAUAAAAAUCUUGAAGAAGGAAAAAUAUUUAAAAAUUGGGGCACACAAACAGAGGAUGAUGACACAUCAAAUAUAAAUCGCCGUCAAACUGUAGGAUUUGUUCCUGAGGCCACUUUCAGUAGAAAUCGGUCCCCAGAGAAAGGUUCUCAUCAGAGAUCAAAGAAAUAUAAUUCCUCAUCUUCACAGAGGUCAUCAUCUCUCCCACCUUCAAACCGAAAAGCAAGUACUUCAACUAAAAGAGAUAUAAUGCUAACACCAGUGACGAUGGCAUACAGUCCAAAGCGAUCUCCUAAAGAGAAUUUCUCCCAAGGAUUUAGUCACCUACGUAACAAAGAUGAUAGUAGUAAUAGUUCAACUCGAUAUGAUGUUCUUAUGGACAGUUUAGAUACUGUUCCUGUGGCAACAUUGCAACUUAACUCUCCUAGGAAACAACUCCAAUUUCUCUCUGUAGAUGAUUUGGAAGAAAAUAAGCAUCCAGGUGGUUCUGCUACGGAUCACCACAGUAAGCACAGCUCCUGUUCUUCUGACCAGUCAUUGCCAAAUGGAAUAAAGAAGAUAUCAAGCUUGGAAAAGAAUAAGUCAGCUUAUGAACCAUGUAAAACUAAGUCAACAGCAACAUCUCUUGAUAAUGAUUUUGAAUAUCUGGCAAAUGUGAGGACCCUGGGUGAAACAGAACAGCUUUUUGAUGACCUUACAAAGGAAAAGCAGCAGAUAGAAGCAGCACUGAGCCGAAUGCCUUCUUCUGGAGGAAGAAUAACCUUACAAACAAGAUUGAGCCAGGAGGCCCUGGAAGAUCGUUUGGAAAGGAUUAAUAGAGAACUGGGUCCAAUUCGCAUGACUUUGAAGAGAUUUCAUGUUUUGCACUCCUCUGCAAAUCUCCGAGAUUUGUAGCUAUUAAAUUUUGAGACAUUUUUCUUUGCACUAAUGUAUAAUUAUGCACUCAGAAAAUACAAAUCAUUUUAUACUAUUUGUAAAUCCUCAACAGUAGUUUUAAAAUCAUGCUAUUUACACUCAAUAUUUUAUACUUCAAGUAGCCAACAUAUAUUUUAAAGAUAUUUUUGUUAUGCUCAGGAAUCUCUUAAUUGUAUAUUUUACUAUUUAAAAAGUGUUAUUUUUAAAUAGUGUAUGUCUCCAAUUUAUAAGAAUAAGGAAGUAUAAACAAGGAGGCUUUUUGUUUUCUAAAAACAAAGUGUUAUCCUUUUAAAAUUCACUUUGCACACCAUUUUUAUAGACUUACAUUGUAAAUAUGAACUUUGGGAUUUUUUUUGUAUAAGUGCUUAGCACCACCUGGCUUUUUAUAGUGGCAGAAUAAUUGAAGUUCAUUGCAAAAAAGGAUUUCGGUAUAACAUUGUGUUUAGUUGAAAAAAAUUUUGAUGCAAAUUCUAUUUCAAAUACAAGCUUGAGAAAAUGACCAGCUAUUUACCUGUUGGUAGAUUAUUCAUAACAUAAGAAUAACUGUCAUUUCCCCCUUCUAAAAUGGAUUCUUUGUGAGGAAGUAAUGAGGGGGAUCCAAUUCUUUAUUUUUGUCACAUAGCAAUGCUUGAAAAUUGUAAUGAUUAGGUUCUAAUGUAGAGGAGAAUCCUGGGCCUGGAGAAAUACUGGAGAAAUCUAGUAUUGAUAUAGACUAUCCUUUGUUUUAGUGAUGUUCUCAGGAAUCCUUUGUUGAAUGAGAGACUUUACUGCAGUGGUUCCCAAACUUUUUUGGCCUACCGCCCCCUUUCCAAAGAAAAUAUUACUUA